AUGGGGUUCCUUCAAUCUCACUAUGACUAUUCCCUAUUUACAAAGAAAGUGAAAAAUGAACUCCUAGUCAUUUUAGUAUAUGUAGAUGAUCUCCUUAUUACUGGAAGCAACCUAAAUCUUAUUCAGCAAGUUAAAAAAGACUUGCAACAAAGGUUCAAAAUAAAGGACCUUGGAGAGUUGAAAUUUUUUUGUGGAAUUGAAUUCUCCAGAACAACUGAGGGCAUUCUUAUGAAUCAGAGGAAGUAUGCAUUAGGACUUUUUUCUGAAUUGGGACUAGCAGGAUGCAAACUUGCUUCCUCUCCAUUGGAGUUUAAUCACAAGCUAACAUCUACUACGUUUGAUGAAUGCACUGGAAAAAAUACAAAUGCAGAAGACAAACCACUUGAUGACUGUGGAAGGCAUCAAAGGAUAGUUGAAAGACUAUUGUACUUAACUGUGACUAGGCCUGACAUAGCCUUUGUAGUUCAAGUACUCAGCCAAUGUAUGUACUCAACUAAACAGUCUCAUAUGGAAGCUGCACUCAGAGUGGUGAGAUAUAUAAAAGGAAUUGUUGGUCUUGGACUAUUUAUGCCAAGUAAGAAAUGUUCAGAGUUAGUAGCAUUUUGUGACUCAGAUUGGGGAGCUUGUAUGGAAUCCAGGAGAUCAGUAACAGGCUAUGUAGUGAAACUGGGCAAUGCAAUGAUAUCUUGGAAGUAA